CUAAGGGGGAGGGUUUCCAAGGGAGCGCACUUCCGGUGCCCUUUCUUUCGCCAGCAUUACGGGCCCGAACCCUCGUGUGAAGGGUGCAGUACCUAAGCUGCAGCGGGGUAGAGGCGGGCCGGCACCCCCUUCUGACCUCCGGUGCCGCCGGCCUCAAGAUCAGACAUGGCCCAGAACUUGAAGGACUUGGCGGGACGGCUGCCCGCCGGGCCCCGGGGCAUGGGCACGGCGCUGAAGCUGUUGCUGGGGGCCGGCGCCGUGGCGUACGGUGUCCGCGAAUCCGUGUUCACUGUGGAAGGCGGGCACAGAGCCAUCUUCUUCAAUCGGAUCGGUGGAGUGCAGCAGGACACUAUCCUGGCCGAGGGCCUUCACUUCAGGAUCCCCUGGUUCCAGUACCCCAUUAUCUAUGACAUUCGGGCCAGACCUCGAAAAAUCUCCUCCCCUACAGGCUCCAAAGACCUACAGAUGGUGAACAUCUCCCUGCGAGUGCUGUCUCGACCCAAUGCUCAGGAGCUUCCUAGCAUGUACCAGCGCCUAGGGCUGGACUACGAGGAACGAGUGUUGCCGUCCAUUGUCAACGAGGUGCUCAAGAGUGUGGUGGCCAAGUUCAAUGCCUCACAGCUGAUCACCCAGCGGGCCCAGGUAUCCCUGUUGAUCCGCCGGGAGCUGACAGAGAGGGCCAAGGACUUCAGCCUCAUCCUGGAUGACGUGGCCAUCACAGAGCUGAGCUUUAGCCGAGAGUACACAGCUGCUGUAGAAGCCAAACAAGUGGCCCAACAGGAGGCCCAGCGGGCCCAAUUCUUGGUAGAAAAAGCGAAGCAGGAACAGCGGCAGAAGAUUGUGCAGGCCGAGGGUGAGGCCGAGGCUGCCAAGAUGCUGGGAGAAGCACUGAGCAAGAACCCUGGCUACAUCAAACUUCGCAAGAUCCGAGCAGCCCAGAAUAUCUCCAAGACGAUCGCCACAUCACAGAAUCGCAUUUAUCUCACGGCUGACAACCUCGUGCUGAACCUACAGGAUGAAAGUUUCACCAGAGGAAGUGACAGCCUCAUCAAGGGUAAGAAAUGAGCCUAGUCACCAAGAACUCCACCCCCAGAGGAAGUGGAUCUGCUUCUCCAGUUUUUGAGGAGCCAGCCAGGGGUCCAGCACAGCCUACCCCGCCCCAGUAUCAUGCGAUGGUCCCCACACCGAUCCCCUGAACCCCUCUUGGAUUAAGGAAGACUGAAGACCAGCCCCUUUUCUGGGGAAUUACUUUCCUCCUCCCUGUGUUAACUGGGGCUGUUGGGACAUUGUGUGAUUUCUCAGUGAUUUCCUACAGUGUUGUUCCCUCCCUCAAGGCUGGGAGGAGACAACCACCAACCCAGGAACUCUCAAUAAAUUUUUAUUACUUAACCUGAA